CCAAACACUCCCUAAUUCUCUCUCUUCCCCCUCUCUCUCUCCUCUCUCUGCGCAAAACCCUACUUCAACCCCAAAACCUCUGACAGAGAUCACUGAAAGACAAACCUCAGAAUCUCUCGAAAAUGUCUUCCGUAAUGCUCCGUCCUCGUCUCAUCACAUUGCUGUCGAAGCACAAUCGCCGCGUUCUCAGCUCCGGCGUCGCCUCAAACGCUCCCAAGGAGCCGCUCAUCGCCGCCGAAGCCCUAGCCGCCGAUCAACCGCCUCCGCCGGCGGCUGACCCCAAUUCGACGGCAUCCGUAAGAAAAUCCUGGAGCUUUCUAAAGUAUGCAAUCGCCGGAGCUCUCACCGGAGCCACCGCCGCCACCGGAUAUCUCUCGUACGCGUACUCUUUGCAAGAAAUAGAGGAAAAGACAAAGGAUCUCCGCGCUGCGCCUUCACGUUACAAAGUACCGGAUGAUACUCCUGCUUUCGAUAAAUUUAAGAGUUUGCUUUACUCUUCUGCAAUGACAGUUCCUGCUAAAGCAACUGAACUGUACUUGGAUGCAAGGAAAAUGAUUGAAGAACAAGUGAAAGGUUAUACUGAACCAUAUGCAGAAAAGCUUCUUCCAGAUUUGCAUCCCAUGGAGCGACAUGUUUUUACACUUGUUCUGGAUCUACAAGAGACGCUACUGUACUCUUAUUGGACGAGAGAAAAGGGCUGGCAAACAAUUAAAAGACCUGGAGUCGAUGCUUUUUUGGAACAUCUGGCUCAGUAUUAUGAAAUUGUUGUGUAUUCCGACUAUUCAAAUAUGUACGUAGAUCCUGUAAUGGAGAGAUUGGACACCAAGCAUUGUGUACGAUAUAGGCUUGGAAAGGCUGCUACUAGAUAUCAGAAUGGACAACAUUAUCGGGACCUUUCAAAACUUAACAGAGAUCCUGGAAAGAUCAUCUAUCUGAGUGCCCACGCACGAGAAAAUAGCCUUCAACCAGAGAACGGUGCCCCAAUAAAGCCAUUUAAGCUUGAGUUAGACGACACAGCUCUUCUGGACUUCAUACCGUUUCUUGAAUUUGUUGCCCGUAAUCCACCAGCUGAUAUCAGGCAAGUGUUAGCAUCUUAUGAAGGCUGUGAUAUUCCAGAAGAAUUCAUUCGGCGUUCCAGAGAGCAUCGAAGGAAAAUGCAAGAACAGAAGCAGCAAGGUCGGUUAUGGAGACGUUGAGUGGUCACAUCUAUGUAAAAGAGGCGACGACAUGGCAAUUUCAGGCUCAACUAAACAAUUUGUAAGGUGUGAUAUAUGAAGAUAAGUAUUAUAGAAGUAAUCGAGCCAAAAUGUUCUGUUGUCUGUGGAAAUGGCAAUUUCAGUGACAAAAUUUUGAAUCGAUAAUAAUUCUUUAUGAAUGACUGACAUGAGAAUUUGUAAUUUCUCUCUUAUGGGGGCUGUUUACCCUUUACUCUCUGUCUAUUUUGAUGGAAAUGAAAAAUUUUGGUUUACAAUUGGAGGAAAUUUUCUUCCACUCAU